UGGCGGUCCGGGUGGGAGGUGUGUGCGCGCGCGUGUGCCGCGCUGUAGGGAGCUGCGGGUCUCACUGCCCGCUGUCAACGAGCUCAGCACCUCCGCGCGAUGGCUGGAGGAGACGCAUGGGACCAGCCCCGUGGGGCCGGCCGCGGCUGAGCCCCUCUGCCGCCUCCUGCGAGCAUGUCACCUCCAGCCUGCGAGGUCGCUUUCGCUAGCAGGGUCCCUGCCUCCGCCUUCUGCAGCCGCAGCCGCUGCCUGGAGCAGUGGCCCCCAGACUCCCGCCCCUGAUCCGCGCCCAGACCCUGGUGCCGGAGGACCAUGGCUGGCCAGGGCGACUGCUGCGUCAAAGUGGCCGUCAGGAUCCGACCCCAGCUGUCAAAGGAGAAGAUCGAAGGCUGUCACAUCUGUACCUCCGUUACCCCUGGAGAGCCCCAGGUCCUGCUGGGGAAGGACAAGGCUUUCACCUAUGACUUUGUCUUUGACCUGGACACCUGGCAGGAGCAAAUCUAUUCGACCUGUGUGAGCAAACUCAUCGAAGGCUGCUUUGAGGGCUAUAAUGCCACAGUACUAGCCUAUGGACAGACAGGGGCCGGGAAGACAUAUACUAUGGGCACCGGCUUUGACACAGUGACAUCAGAAGAGGAGCAGGGCAUCAUCCCAAGGGCCAUUGCACAUCUCUUCAGGGGCAUCGACGAACGCAAGCGGCGGGCACAGGAGCAGGGUGUGACUGGGCCUGAGUUCAAAGUCAGUGCUCAAUUCCUGGAGCUCUACAAUGAAGAGAUCCUUGACCUAUUUGACAGCACCCGUGACCCCGAUGCCCGACACCGUAGGUCCAACAUCAAGAUCCACGAGGAUGCCAACGGUGGCAUCUACACCACAGGUGUCACUUCUCGCCUGAUCAACUCCCAGGAGGAGCUGAUCCAGUGCCUGAAGCAGGGCGCCCUGUCACGCACCACAGCCAGCACCCAGAUGAAUGUACAGAGCUCCCGAUCCCAUGCCAUCUUCACCAUCCACCUGUGCCAGAUGCGCGUGUGUGCCCAGCCUGACCUGGUGAAUGAGACGGUGACUGGGCUUCCGGAUGGAGCCGCCCCCACAGGCACAGAGUACGAGACACUCACUGCUAAGUUUCACUUUGUGGACUUGGCUGGCUCAGAGCGGCUGAAGCGGACAGGGGCCACCGGCGAACGGGCCAAAGAGGGCAUCUCCAUCAACUGUGGUCUGCUGGCCUUGGGCAAUGUGAUCAGUGCCUUGGGGGACCAGAGCAAGAAGGUCGUGCACGUGCCUUACAGGGACUCCAAGCUCACUCGGCUGCUCCAGGACUCUCUUGGAGGCAACAGCCAGACCAUCAUGAUCGCCUGUGUGAGCCCCUCGGAUCGGGACUUCAUGGAGACACUUAACACUCUCAAAUAUGCCAACCGGGCCCGCAACAUCAAAAACAAAGUGGUGGUGAACCAGGACAAGACCAGCCAGCAGAUCAGCGCGCUGCGGGCUGAGAUCGCACGCCUGCAGAUGGAGUUGAUGGAGUACAAAGCGGGCAAGCGAGUGAUUGGGGAGGACGGUACAGAGGGCUACAGCGACCUGUUCCGGGAGAACGCCAUGCUACAGAAGGAGAAUGGGGCGCUGCGGCUCCGAGUGAAGGCCAUGCAGGAAGCCAUUGAUGCCAUCAACAACCGGGUCACACAACUCAUGAGCCAGGAGGCCAACCUGCUUCUGGCCAAGGCUGGUGAUGGCAAUGAGGCCAUUGGUGCUCUGAUCCAGAACUACAUCCGGGAGAUUGAGGAGCUGCGAACAAAGCUCCUGGAGAGUGAGGCUAUGAAUGAGUCCCUCCGCAGAAGCCUCUCCAGGGCUUCCGCUCGGAAUCCCUACUCCCUGGGAGCAUCUCCAGCAGGUCCAGCCUUUGGGGGCAGCCCCGCCACCUCCAUGGAAGAUGCUUCUGAAGUGAUCCGCAAGGCUAAGCAAGACCUCGAGCGGCUGAAAAAGAAGGAGGUCAGGCAGCGGAGGAAGAGCAGCCCAGAGAAAGAAGCGUUCAAGAAGAGGGCAAAACUCCAGGCAGAAAACAGUGAGGAGACAGAUGAGAACGAGGCUGAGGAGGAGGAGGAAGAGCGAGAUGAAAGUGGCUGUGAGGAGGAGGAAGGGCGUGAGGAUGAGGAUGAAGACUCGGGCAGCGAAGAGAGCCUGGUAGACUCAGACUCCGACCCUGAAGAAAAGGAAGUGAACUUCCAGGCCGACCUGGCGGACCUGACGUGUGAGAUCGAGAUCAAGCAGAAACUGAUCGACGAGCUGGAGAACAGCCAGCGGCGGCUGCAGACGCUCAAGCACCAGUACGAGGAGAAGCUAAUUCUGCUGCAGAACAAGAUCCGGGACACGCAGCUGGAGCGUGACCGCGUGCUGCAGAACCUCAGCACUAUGGAGUGCUACACGGAGGAGAAAGCCAACAAGAUAAAGGCAGAUUAUGAGAAGAGACUGCGGGAGAUGAACCGGGACCUGCAGAAGUUACAGGCUGCUCAAAAAGAACACGCCAGGCUACUCAAGAACCAGUCUCGCUAUGAAAGGGAGCUGAAGAAGCUACAAGCGGAGGUAGCUGAGAUGAAGAAGGCCAAGGUAGCCCUCAUGAAGCAAAUGCGUGAGGAGCAGCAGCGGCGGCGACUGGUGGAGACCAAGAGGAACCGGGAGAUUGCUCAGCUCAAGAAGGAGCAACGGAGGCAGGAGUUUCAGAUACGGGCCCUGGAAUCUCAGAAGCGCCAGCAGGAAAUAGUUCUGAGGAGGAAAACCCAGGAGGUUUCUGCACUGAGGCGCCUGGCAAAGCCCAUGUCUGAGCGAGUGGCUGGGCGUGUAGGAUUGAAGCCCCCCAAUAUGGAUUCUGGGGCUGAGGUGUCUGCCAGCACCACCUCGUCUGAAGCUGAGUCGGGAGCCCGCUCUGUCUCCAGCAUAGUGCGUCAGUGGAACAGAAAAAUCAACCACUUCCUGGGAGACCACCCUACCGCCACUGUCAAUGGCAGCCGCCCAGCCAGGAAAAAGUUCCAAAAGAAGGGAGCCAGCCAAAGCUUCAGUAAGGCUGCGAGACUCAAGUGGCAGUCCCUGGAACGGAGGAUCAUUGACAUUGUCAUGCAGAGAAUGACCAUCGUCAACCUGGAGGCUGAUAUGGAGCGUCUCAUAAAGAAAAGGGAGGAGCUCUUCCUCCUGCAGGAGGCGCUGCGGAGGAAGCGGGAGCGCCUGCAGGCUGAGAGCCCAGAGGAGGAGAAGGGGCUACAGGAGCUGGCUGAGGAGAUCGAAGUGUUGGCAGCCAAUAUUGACUACAUCAACGACAGCAUCACUGACUGCCAAGCCACCAUCGUGCAGCUGGAGGAAACUAAGGAGGAGCUGGACUCAACAGACACGUCAGUGGUCAUUAGCUCCUGCUCUCUGGCUGAAGCCCGCCUACUGCUAGACAACUUCCUCAAGGCAUCCAUUGACAAGGGACUUCAAGUAGCACAGAAGGAAGCCCAGAUCCGGCUGCUAGAAGGACGCCUAAGACAGACAGACAUGACAGGCUCUUCCCAGAACCACCUGCUCCUAGACGCUUUACGUGAGAAGGCCGAGGCACACCCCGAGCUGCAGGCCCUCAUCUAUAAUGUGCAACAUGAGAACGGCUAUGCAAGCACAGAUGAGGAAGUUUCCGAGUUCUCUGAGGGGAGCUUUUCGCAGUCAUUCACCAUGAAAGGCUCCACCAGCCACGAUGACUUCAAGUUCAAGGGUGAGCCCAAGCUAUCCGCACAGAUGAAGGCCGUGUCUGCGGAGUGCCUAGGACCUCCAUUGGACAGCUCUACCAAGAACAUCACCAAGUCCCUGGCCUCCCUUGUUGAGAUCAAAGAGGAUGGGGUGGGCUUCUCUAUCCGGGACCCCUACUACCGGGACAAGGUCUCACGCACCGUCAGCCUGCCCACCCGGGGCAGCACUUUCCCUAGGCAAUCUCGAGGUGCCACGGACACGUCCCCUCUGACCCGAAGGAAGUCUUAUGACCGGGGACAGCCCAUCAGAUCCACAGACAUGGGAUUCACACCUCCCUCAUCACCUCCCACUCGGCCCCGCAACGACCGCAACGUCUUCUCUCGUCUCACCAGCAAUCAGAGCCAGGGCUCAGCACUGGACAACAUGCUGGGACGCCAGGAAAGGGCAAGAGGGAAGUUACCUCACCAGGGUGGGACAGUCAGAGUCAGGUCUGAUGACAGCGACUCCUCUUUGUCGGAGGUCCUGAGGGGCAUCAUCACCCCCAUUGGCGGAGCGAAGGGAGCUCGGACGGCUCCACUGCAGUGCGUCUCCAUGGCCGAGGGUCACACCAAGCCCAUCCUCUGCCUGGAUGCCACCGAUGAGCUGCUUUUCACGGGAUCCAAAGACCGUAGCUGCAAGAUGUGGAACCUGGUGACAGGGCAGGAGAUUGCAGCUCUCAAGGGUCACCCCAACAAUGUGGUUUCUAUCAAAUACUGCAGCCACUCGGGGCUGGUGUUCUCUGUGUCCAGCUCCUACAUCAAGGUGUGGGAUAUCCGGGACUCAGCCAAGUGCAUUCGGACACUCACGUCCUCAGGCCAGGUGAUCUCAGGAGAUGCGUGCAUAGCCACAUCCACCCGCGCCAUCACCAGUGCCCAGGGGGAACAUCAGAUCAACCAGAUGGCCCUCAGCCCCUCAGGCUCCAUGCUAUACGUUGCCUCUGGCAAUGCCGUCCGCAUCUGGGAGCUCAACAGGUUCCAGCCCAUUGGCAAACUGACUGGCCACAUUGGCCCAGUGAUGUGCCUAACAGUCACCCAGACUUCAAACCAGCAUGACCUCGUGGUGACGGGCUCCAAGGACCACUAUGUGAAGAUGUUCCAGCUGGGCGACUGUGUGACAGGCACCAUUGGCCCAACCCACAACUUUGAGCCCCCUCACUAUGAUGGUAUCGAAUGCCUGGCUAUCCAAGGAGACAUACUCUUCAGUGGCUCCAGAGACAAUGGCAUCAAGAAGUGGGACCUGGACCAGCAGGAGCUCAUCCAGCAAAUCCCCAACGCUCACAAGGACUGGGUGUGCGCCCUGGCCUUUGUACCCGGCCGGCCCAUGCUGCUGAGCGCCUGCCGGGCCGGCUUCAUCAAGGUCUGGAACGUGGACAACUUCACACCCAUUGGUGAGAUCAAGGGCCACGACAGCCCCAUCAAUGCCAUCUGCACCAACAGCAAGCACAUCUUCACGGCCUCCAGUGACCUGACAGUGAAGUUCUGGAGUAUACGGCGGCUACCAGCAGCCCAUCCUUGAAGUUAGGACUAAAGGUGGCUAGACCGUCAGAUCAGACCCAGCAGCCUACCCAGCACGGAAAGGAAGCUGUGGCCCGACCUUACCAGAACAGCCAAGUUCACCGAGUACAGAGGGUGUGGCUCUUCUCUCCCUCUGCUUCCUCCACCACCCCCCUCUGUCCCUCCCCUGCCUCCUAAGAAAGACGAGGUGGAGGAGGGACACAAGCUGUGAAGCCAAAGGGCACACCGCUGCUCCACCUGUUCCCUGCCUUCCUCUCAACUGGCCACAUUGUCUCCUGCUGAGCCAGCCCUGCCCCUCCCCCAGGCCCUCAGCCUCCGGUGAGACCGAGGGAGAAGCAGAGAGAAGCCCCCAUCUAUCUUCCAGUGAGCUAGCCUCCUCUAUGUCUCCUAGCCCCACCUCCGGAGCCACUUCACCUGCCUCUGAGCCCACCGAGGUAGUUCUCAGGUAACCAUGGAAACCAGAUGUAAGCAGCUGAGUCCUGCUGCUCACCCACAGCCAAUCCCAGUGGGGCCCGGCCCAGUCUUUCCUUGAGGUUCUCUUCUGCUGGGGCCUCAGAGGAGCUGUUUAAACAGCUCCUUUGGGGGGAAGGUCAGCGGCAUUGCAGUCAUUUAAUAUAUUGAUUUUUAUUUUUGUGUUCUGCCGUUUGCCUCCUGGAAACUGACUUGAAGUUUCUUCCCAUUCUUCCCUCUGCUCCUGGCGCGGAGGUGGGGUGGGGGUGGGGGUGGGGGUCUUCUCUCCAGAGCUCCGGGGCCUUCCCUCUGCUUGCUCUGCAGAAGGAUAGCCUUCUCUAUCCUUUGCAGCUCUGACCAUUGCCCCCGGAUCUGCCCAUGCCGGCAUACCUUCUAGGAUAGACCAGGUCUCUAGGCCGCCUAAUGCCGCAGUGCCUUUCUCCAUCCUGAGGCCUGAUAUCAUGCCGGGCAGCCUUAUACUAGCCAUGCCCGCAGCCCACUUGUGUCUUCUACUCCUGGGCCUUGUGCCCACAGCCCCUGAAGGUCAGAGCGUUCAUCCCAACAGCCCAGGACCAGGGAGCUUGGUGGACUGUCCACUAGGUAGGCUUUGAGUAGUAAGGGUACCAGGUCCUUUGCCUAACCCCCCAGCCAGUUAUGUUUCCACCCCCAAGGGGAUAGGGAACAUCUUCAGCUUUUCCUUUAGUUGUUCCAGAAACAGCCUUAAAACCAGCCUGGGACAAAGGCCCUCCCUUUUCAAUUAGCGUGAGGAGGCAGUGACUCCUUGCUUCUCCCCUUGGUGCUGUGGACUCAGCGGCUGGGAUGAGGUGAAGUCAGUGUCUAGCGCCCCCUACUGGAACAACUCUGAAUUUAUAGAACUGGGCCAUGAGAGGGGCCAGCUCCGUUCCUCCCCCUGGCUUCCCCUGCCCUUAAACUGGUCCACACUUCCUCUCUUGCUUCACUGGUCUUAUGCAUCCUGGUCUCAUUCCGGGAUCCAUGAGCCUCAGCCCCAUGCAGAGGACGUGGUGACUCGUGAACUUUGGAGAGCUAAGCCUCUGUACUUAGCUCUUCUCCCUCUAGGGCGAGUACAUUGGUGCCUGUCCAUGAGGCCCUAAGAUGGGAGAGUUAGGAACUGAUAAGGCCAGACCCUCUCUGAACCAUCCCAGAGCUGCGUCUGAGGCUGAAACUAAGAAGAUUGUCCCGCUUAUUGGUGGCUCCAGCCAGACACGGUGUUAAGUCUGGGUACAUGGAUAUUUAGAACGAAGCACCGGAAAAGCAGAUCACCUGGAACCUGGACCGUCUGUCUGCAAAGACCAGAAAUUCUCCUUCCCCUGCUUAUCCUGGGAGUGUUAAGGAGCAUCCUUAGCACUCAGAAGUGACCAUCUUCUCCUUCACCCACCUCCACCUAAAUGGAAAGCCCGGACCUUACACCCUGUAAGAAAACCCAGAACCCGUCUGCAUGACUGUUUACAAACUACAGAAACACGUGAGACUUCUGUCCCGACCCCAGAGGCUGGGCCGCCCCAGCCCGGGGUGCCUGUACUGUAUGUAUAGCUGCAAGGCCAGUUCUUGCACAAAGUGUGUGUGGUCUUACAGCCCCCGCGAGAGGUGCUCACCGGCAUUACCCCUUCUGCCAUUUCUGAUGGGUCACUACCUCAUGGCGGGGCUGCUAUGCUGUCCCAGCGAGUGUCAUUGACUAAACUUGAAAUCGGAGCUCUGAGCUCAUCGUCCCGAGCCAUUCUGAGCUGUGUUCUGGGAACGUUGGAGUCCCUGCCUGCCCACCCUUUCAGGGAUGUCCAAGGUACAUAGUCAGGGGCAGGACCCCAGCUCCACUCAUUGCACAAGCAUCCUUCUUGUCGGAAGCACAAACUGGUUGUGAUCUGAGCACAACAGCAGGUCUCUGGGUAGACGGUAUGAGCAAACUUGGGCCCAGGAGGUCUUUCCCAGAUGGGCUUCGUCUUAGGUUAGACCAGGGCUGCCUGUGUCUGUGAGGUUAGACCAAGGCUGCUCAUGUCUUUGGCUGAUGCACUAUGUACACUGGGAACUAUUAAUCUACUCCUUGUGCCCAUCCUAGGACUUGAGGCCCAGGCCACAUCUGUAUGCUGUGGGGGUCCUCUCUAGACCCGCACACCCCAAGCCUUUAACAACCAGAGUAUAGCUGGUACCUGACCCUACUGAGCCUGAAGAGCCUGGACCCAGACUCCCAUCUCUUGAGCUAACCCCAACAUCCUUGCUUCUGAUAUUGAUUAGCUUCCAUGGAAAGUGUCUACUGCCCCCACUCUCUUAGAUCUUUUCUGUGCCCAGUCCUGGGCCAGGACCCAUCCCAGUAUUAACCAAUUCAGUGUUUGGUCUUGUUGGUGAGGCUUGAUCCGACGGCAGUCAGCUCAUGCUCAUGCUGCCUGGAGCAGCCUUAGAGACUGCAGAGGAAAGAGAGAGAACGCGAAGAGUGAGAGGCUGACCCAGCGCAGCCCUUGAUGUGGUCAGAGUGCCACCACAGCUACUUGAAAAGGGACAGCUAUGGACCUGGGAGUAGCCUCCCACCGUUGCUCCAGCUGCAGGCUUGGAAUUGUCUUAGGCUGUGUGGCUUGGGCAAAGGGCAGCUUAAAGCACAAACAAGGAGAAGAUGCUGCCUUGCUGAAGGAUUCUUCUGCUAGCCAUUGUGGUGGUGGCGCCAGCAGGAAGCUGCUGAGAAGGCAGGACAUUACAUCUCUGCCCUGCCCUCUCCCAGUUCCUGGAGGCCUCCCCUGGAGUCUGGGCUGGGUGCAGCAGGCACACCCCCUUGGCUGUGCCUGGUAUGUUUGUGUGGGCAGGACCUGCCCUGCAGGAGUGGUGAAUUCCUUCCCACCAUGUAGCCCAAACCUGCCACAUCUAUCCCUUUGUCCUUUCAAAUAAAAAACUGCUUACUGCUGCUCCCUUUGCUGAGCACAGUGGCCAGUUCCCCAGCAGACCUUCCUGAGCCCAGCCCUUUCACCUCCUGACUCCCAGGUCUUCACUGCUCCUUGUGAGCAAGAGAAUCUGCAGGGAAAGUUCCGUUUCUUUGACAUCAUUGUUGUGUCCCCGGUGUUCCCCCCCCCCACUUCAUCUCCAGCACCCAGCUGGCCUCCCUCAUCCCUGUCCCUUCCACCUUCACUCCUGUGUCCUAAAGGCUUUGUCAGAAAGUGGGAAGUCGGUACUGCCGAGAGUCAGAAAAGACCACUGAUGUCUUGGUGCCCUGCCCUGCCCUGGCCUGCCCUGCCCUGCCCUGUCACCAGCUCUUAUGAUGGUUGCCCCUACCCAGACUGCAGGGUCUCGUUUGGCUCAUGCACUCUCCUGUGAUGUGGUAGCACAAGGUGUGUAUAUGUUUUGUACCUCUGCUGACAACUGUACAUAGUGUAUGAAAGUUAUUUAAGCCUCAUGCUGUACAUUUCUGUUCUGGAAAUCGGAUGUGUGUGUUCUAAGAGCUUGUCAUAAAUAAAACCAUUGUCCACA